AUCACUCGAUAACAAUGGCGGUCAGGUCGUGUGUCGCUCUCGCAGCCAUCUUGGGCUCAGCUGCUGCCAGCUCCAUUGCUGGGAUCAAUGGCGACCGCUACCUUUCGCCGUUCAAAGACAAGACCGUCACCGACAUCAAGGGUCUUGUAACUGCAACUAACAGCAAUGGAAUUUUCCUUCGAUCCACAGAGCCUGAUGAGAAUGCCGCCACCUCUGAGGGCCUCUAUGUCUUCAACAGUGCCGCUGCGAAGACGGUAAAAGUCGGUGACAUUAUCACUCUAGACGGAGUUGUCACAGAGUAUCGAUCAAACGCCAACUACAUUUACCUCACUGAGCUCAACAAACCGACAAACAUUAAAGUCGUCUCAUCCGGAAACGAAGUGAAGCCGCUCGUCAUCGGCGUCGACACUUCAUUCCCGCCAACUGAGGAAUUCUCCAGCCUAGACAAGGGCGGAAUCUUUGGUGUUCCCAAUGCCGUGGCCAACAUCUCGAGCACAAAUCCCAAGCUCCAGCCUGACUUGUAUGGCCUCGAUUUCUGGCAGAGCCUUUUAGGCGAGUACGUCACCAUCAAGGAUGCAUACCAAAUCAGCCGCCCGAAUAACUAUGGCGAUGUCUACAUUCGCGGCAACUGGCCUGUCACAGGCCUUAACGCUCACGGCGGUCUGACUAUGCUGGAGGGCGACGCCAAUCCCGAAGUCAUCACCAUUGGCACUCCCCUCGACGGAUCCAAGAACCCGCUCGACACCCGAAUGGGCGACUAUCUCGGCGACAUUACCGGCGUUGUCUACAAUGACUUUGGAUCCUACCGCCUUCUUCCUCUUACUCACCUCUCUCCCCUCAAGAACGCGACCACCGACUUCCCCGCUGUCUCUUUUAAUAGCACAGGCGAUUGCCUCGGCAUUACCGUUGGCGACUACAACACUGAGAACCUCAUGCCUGAUUCUCCUCACCUGCCUCUCGUUGUCGACCACAUCGUGAACAAGCUGCGCACUCCUGAUCUCAUCUUCCUCCAAGAAGUCCAGGACAACUCCGGUAACAAGAACGACGGCAUCGUUGAUGCCAACGUCACCCUCUCCACGCUUGCAUCCAAGAUUGAAGCAGCUUCUGGUAUCGUCUACGACUUUGCGGAAAUCAGCCCCAUCAACAACAAAGACGGCGGAGAACCCGGUGGCAACAUCCGCCAGGCUUAUUUCUACCGAUCAGACGUCCUCCAGCUGUACAAGCCCAAUCUUGGUGGAAGCCUCGAUGUCAAUGAGGUGCUGGACGGCCCAGAGCUGAAGUACAACCCUGGCCGGAUCGACCCUCUCAACACCGCCUGGGACAGCAGCCGUAAGCCACUAGCAGCCAUGUGGAAGACCGUCAAAGGCACCAAGAAGAUCUUCUUCACUAUCAACGUUCAUCUGGUCAGCAAGGGUGGUUCAACUUCUCUGUCCGGUGAUGUACGUCCGCCGAUCAACCAGGGAGUCGAGAAGCGGACUUUGCAGACCAACAUCGUCGCGGAAUUCGUUGCUGAGAUUCUCAGUCAGGAUCCUACGGCCAAUAUCCUCGUCGCCGGUGACUUUAACGAGUACUCUCAAGUGGCCCCUCUCACCACCUUUUCUUCUAUAUCCGGCCUCACUGAUCUGGACGAAGUUGUUGGAAUUGACCCCGUUGAGCGAUAUACGUAUUUGUUCGAUAUGAACACCGAGGAGCUGGAUCACAUGUAUGUGAGCAAGGGACUUCACCGGGACGCUCUGUAUGAGCAUUUGCAUUUAAAUACCUGGCAGAAUAACGAUGGCCAGGUUAGCGACCACGACCCCAGUGUCGCUAGGCUCAAUCUCUGCGGUUGUUCGCCUAAGAAGACGAAGAAGAGUAUUUAGACUUGGGAGUGACCAAGUAAACGGGCACUUUAUAUGUUACAAAUCCACUAUAUAGAGGCACAUGUUGCCAAAAUGAGUUAUGCACCCAAUGACGAAGGAUUUCCAGCUUCAUUU